UCUCGCGAGAGUCCGGAGGCGCUGAGCCGGCUGCUGAAGAGCGGGUGCUGGUGGUGGCUGCCGAGUGUGUGGGCGCAGUGGAUGAGGAAGCUGAGGCCCAAAGAGUUUGUGAUUUACCCAGCAUCAUACAGACAGUAACUGUUACUCCCAAAUUCAAUGCUUUUUACACAGAACCAACCAGAAAGUCCCUGGCUUUCAGAAGUUUGGUGGCAUUAUUUGAAAAAGAGAACACUGGAAUAGCUAAGUGAACAUCCCCCAACUUCAUUCUUUUUUAAUAUAUUCUCUAUACUCACACAACAUCUCAAGGGACAGUAGAAGUUUGACUUUCAUGCAAAAUAACUUUUUGAACCCUACAAAACUAGUUUUCAGACUGGUGACAUUGCGGCAAUGGCAGAAUAUGGAAUCUCAACCGGGCAGCGUGUGGUGGUGAUCUGGGAUAGGUCAUCUCCAGUGGAGGCUCUGAAAAGUCUGGUGGAUAAACUACAGGAACUUGCUGGUGAUGAGAGUCACGUGUCUGUGGAAAACAUCAAUCAACUGUUACAAUCUGCUCACAAAGAAUCCAGCUUCGAUGUUGUUCUGUCGGGUCUGGUUCCAGGAAGUACAACACUGCAUAGCACUGAGAUUUUGGCAGAAAUUGCUAGGAUCCUUCGACCAGGUGGGCAAGUCCUUCUGAAAGAGCCAGUGGAGACAGCCUCAGUUCAUGAAGGCAAAGUGAAGACAGCAGCUAAGUUAUGCUCAACCCUGACACUCUCUGGGCUUGUGGAAGUGAAGGAGUUGCAGAAGGAGUCCUUAACCCCAGAGGAGGUACAGUCAGUACAGGAGCACCUGGGUUACCAAAGUGAUAGCUUGGUCUCUAUUCAAGUCACAGGCAAAAAACCAAACUUUGAAGUAGGCUCUUCUACCCAGCUUAAGCUUUCCUUUCCCAAGAAGAAUGCUGUGUCAGAGAAACCUGCCGUGGAUCCUAAUGCUGCCAAGCUGUGGACACUUUCAGCCAGUGACAUGAAUGAUGAUGGCAUGGAUCUCAUUGAUUCUGAUGAACUCUUGGAUCCAGAGGAUUUGAAGAAGCCAGAUCCAGCUUCCCUACGGGCUACUUCAUGUGGAGAAGGGACAAAAAGGAAGGCCUGUAAAAAUUGCACGUGUGGCCUAGCAGAAGAACUGGAGCAGGAGAAAGUGAAGGAGCAGAAGAGAUCCCAACCCAAGUCAGCCUGUGGAAAUUGUUAUUUGGGUGAUGCCUUCCGCUGUGCCAGCUGCCCCUACCUUGGAAUGCCAGCCUUUAAACCUGGGGAGAAAAUCCUCUUGAGUGAAAAAAAUCUUCAUGAUGCCUAAAAGGCAAAAUCACUGGGACUUGUGGGGGUUAUUCCAUUCCAAAAACUGAUUCCAGCAUUCAUUUCAGCAACCUUUCAAGCCCUACCUUGUCUCAUGCCUCCCUGUUUCUGCCUACACUCUGUGUUAGGAUCCUAGAUGGGGUUGGCUUGGUAGACACACAGAAAGUUGGGUAUGUAUGCUGCUAUGAACCAAAGGACUGAGAUAUAAUCAGCCAGAUUAAUUUCUGUUGGGCUAUCUGAUUCAUCAGUGGGACUUAAACUGAAGGUACAGGGAAUUUCCAUCUAAUUAAUGCUGUCAGAAAGGAGAGGUACACCAGAGAAGUUACUCUCUUCGUAUUAGCAUUUGGUAACCUGAUCACACUGUAUUUGGGACCUGAGCCCAACCUCCCUGUCAACUUGGAUCAUAUCACCCUUGAACAUAGUUAUCCUUCAGUAUUAAGCUUCUGUGAUGCAUCGCCAGACCACAGAUCUGCCUCCUAAAUUUAUCGAUAACUGCUUGUUCUGUGAGCAGGCACAUUUGUUCAGUUGGUAGUUACUGGAAAAGAUAGCCAAGUGUUGUAAGAACUCCUUACAGUAACUAGCUUCCUAUCCAACCGGAUAUCUGAAACCUUUUGAACCAUUCAUAUUUUUGAAUCAACCUCAGCCUCGCUGUUUCAGAUCAUUGUUAACUGUGAUUUGGCCAUUAGUGAAUUAGCACUGGAGCUUUGUCCUUUUUCUAUAAUUGUGGAUUUGUAGGUGUUAGAGUAACGUACUCUUAUAUGCCAGCUCCUGGGGUGGGGGUGGGGUGUGUGUAAGAGAAAGAACUGUACAUAUUAAUAUAGCGCACUUCUUUGUACCAGCUCUGGGGGUGGUAUGUGUGUGUAUGAAAGAAAGAACUGACCCUACAGAAAGCAAGAAAACACUUUCCCCUAAGUGAGGGAACUAAGCUCACUUCUGUUUUUAGAUAGCACAUUCAUAUUUAUUAUCAUAUCUGCUGGCACAUCAGGGAGUCAGUGUCAUAAACAAAUAACCCUUCAGUUAUGGAAUGGAGUGGCCUUUCUUCAUCUACCCAGAACUGUUCUGUGUGGGGUCUGGACAUCAGGACUCAAACCAGCUAUAAUUUACUUGGUGCAAGAUUCACUUUUGUCUUUCUUGCUAUUGACCAGUAAGGACUAGGAUCUGAUUUUGCCAAAUGUUGACAAAUGUAUGGAUUUAGGGGAACUGGAAUUUCAGCUGUGUGAUAAAUAAAGUGUUUUAAAUAGUCUUAA